GAGACGUUAAGGCCGACACUGACACUCGCGUCGCGCAUCUCGGCCCGACGACAUCGCAGUCCGGUAACGCCAGGGACACGCACACACGUGUGGCCGUAGACACCCUGCUGUGUGAUCGGGCGCUUCCCUCUCCCCCUCCCCUCUUUCCGCAGCGACGAUAAACGCGAUCGCUCGAGUUUCCGUGGGACCGUUCUCGACGAUCUCUCGACGAUCGCGAUCGCUCGUUCCAAAUUUCUUCGAUUAGAGAUUCCGUCUUGAAAAUCGACGUCGGGUCGGCUGAUUUCUUAUCGCGUUCGUCGUUAAACCGCGACACGUGCCUCGCGCGAUAUUUGUUAUGUGUGUAGCGCGGUGGGAAGGAGGGUGAAGUGUUCACAGAUACAUAUUUGUAAGUGAAACCAAGACACAAGAAAGGAAUUCGUUAAUCUGCCUUGCGAUUGGCGCUCGACAGAUUCCUCGAUGCGCCCUUCGUCAAGGGGUGAGAGUCGCACGUGGUGGAAAUUUGACGAUCUUUGACAAGAGCUCCGUGGUGACCGCGGAGAGCUGCGUACAGUCGGUUAACGAGUGAAAUAAUAAAAUCCAUCACCGACGAAUGUCCCCGCCGAGAUUGACGGCAAGGACCAUGAAGAAAUCUUACUUCGUUUUCAUAUGCCUGCUGGGCCUCGUCGUAAGCGACAACAGUACAAUCGGCGAUCAUUCGAUCGCAGAGGACGCCUCGGAAAUCAGCAACACCGGCAACAAUCCCGCAGCCGACGCCGUAGAUCAGAACGCUAGCUGGGGAGAAUGGUCAUCUUGGUCAAAGUGGUCGGCAUGUACAAGGACGUGUGGUGGUGGAAUCUCGCGCCAACAGCGUCGAUGCAGGCGUAAAUCGUGCAAAAGCAGAGCCUGGACCACCAAAUAUAAAGUCUGCAAUGCUGAGCCCUGCGAGAAGUCCUCGGGCGAUUUUCGCGGGGCACAAUGCGCCGCCUUCAACAAUGUGCCAUACAGCGGACAACUGCUCAAAUGGUACCCCCAUUACGAUCCGGCUAGACCGUGCGCUUUGAUCUGCCGCGGUGAGCAAACCUUCGAGGAUGGCAUUGGAAGGCGGUCGCGGCAGGAAGUGCCAUCGAACGAGAGGACGAUGCCGCACGAUUCCACGGACAGUCUUCAAUACGAUAACGACGAGACGAUAGUGGUGCAGCUGGCGGAUAAGGUCGAGGACGGCACGAGAUGUUAUGCGGAGAGCACGGAUGUGUGCAUAGGCGGCGAAUGUAUGAAGGUUGGCUGUGACCUUAGAGUUGGUAGUAACAAGAACACAGAUGCGUGUGGCGUGUGCGGAGGGAAUGGAUCAAGCUGCCAAUCGCGAUACUCCUGGAGUUUAGAAUCGAUAUCCGCCUGUUCCAAGUCCUGCGGUGGAGGUUUCAAGAUGGCGAUGACGGUGUGCAAAUCAGUUGGCGCCGAUGAGAGUGUCGUGGAGGACAGCUAUUGCGAUCCAAACAACCGGCCAGAGAAGACCCUGAUGCCGUGCAACACGCACCCCUGCACGACGAAAUGGAUGAGCGGAGAAUGGAGCACGUGCAGCGCGAGCUGCGGUGGUGGAUCGCGAACGAGGUCCGUCUUCUGCACCGAGGAGAACGGGAACGAAACUACGAAGCUACCCGACCACAAGUGCAGCGGCACGCACAAACCGCGCACUCAGGAGACCUGCAACACCGUGUCCUGCCCGAUGUGGGAAACCGAUAAAUGGAACGAGUGCUCCGUGACCUGUGGCACCGGAAUACGGACGAGGACGAUCGAAUGCAGAGACGGUGUUGGUGCCAUCUCCAGGGACUGCGACCCCGCGGAACGUCCUCAUACCGAACAGGAAUGCAAGACGAGCGUCGCUUGUCCCAUGUAUGGAGACGGUAUGACGCAGCCCCUGGUGCAACAGUAUCCGCUAUCACCGGUGUCGGAGAAGUUGAUGGACCAGCCAGUACCUUCCGAAUCAACGUAUAUAGCCGAGGAAUGGUCCCCUUGCAGCGUCACCUGCGGCGAGGGUGUCAGGCAUAGGGAGGUACGUUGCAAGAUAUUCCUCGAGUUCAGUCAAACCAUCGCCAAACUGCCCGACAACCAGUGUUCCGGUCAGAAACCCGCCGAGACGGAGAAGUGCACGAUGGAGCCGUGCGGCUUAUUGGAAAACAGUUUGUCCUACAGGAUCGACACGAUCGGUGACAGCGGAUACGCCGAGUCGAGUUUGACAGAUACAUAUAGUAGAUCAUCGUCGGGCAGUUCCGUCGGAAGCGGCUACGACAGCGGCAUCAAAGUCGCCCCGGGUAGCGAGGUACAGACUACAUACUCGUGGAAGGAAACUGGCUAUACCCCCUGCAGCGCUACUUGCUUAGGAGGUGUUCAGGAUCUUAUUAUAAACUGCGUGCGUGACGAUACAGGGAAAACUGUGACGCCGCUUUUAUGCACCGCGGAAACGAAACCAGAGGCAAGGAUACGAGUUUGUAACGAUCAUCCGUGUCCGCCCAGGUGGAACUAUAGCGAAUUCUCCACAUGCAUGAGCCCCUGCGGUAUUGGUAUACAGACACGUGAUGUUACCUGCAUCCACGAGGUGACACACGGCACCGGCAAAGCAGUGCCCGUUCCAAAUUACAUGUGUCCGCAACCACCGCCCGCCGACAGACGAUACUGCAAUGUCUGGGAUUGUCCUAUCAAGUGGAACAUGGGGGAAUGGGGCAAGUGUUCAAAAACGUGCGGCGGUGGUGUGAAAAGGCGAGAUGUAGUCUGCGAACAAAUAAUGGCGCAAGGUCGCAAACAGAGUCGCGAGGAACGUGAAUGUCCAACUCAAAAGCCACCCAACGAGAAACCUUGCAAUACCAGAGCCUGUCACGAUUCAGAUUUAAGUGUGCUGCCAAUAAUCACUAGUUUGAACACGACGUACAAUCAAACGGAUAUCAAUGCGAAGGUGGAUUUAAAAAUCGGCGGAAUCGCCAAGAUUUUUCAUGGGACACCUUCUAUCAAAAUUCGCUGUCCUGUCAGAAAGUUCGACAAAGCGCAGAUCGUAUGGACGAAAGAUAACAAAGAGAUACGGAAAUCAAGAAAGUACAAAAUUAGCAGGAAGGGAGCUUUGAAGAUAAUCGAUAUAGUUUCUUCGGAUUCAGGGAUAUACGCUUGUAUUGCUGGAGAUUCGCACGCAGAAACGCAGUUGAUAGUGAAAUUUCGCUCCAAAGAGCAGAUAAGUAGUGAGGAAUAUUUACGACUCGGCAAUUCUGUUCACCUACAACGGAACGCGAAUCUGGAUUCUGCACCAGCGAAUUCGGGUGAAAGCCCAUACGAUCAUGCAGCGGUCUAUGGAAACCGUUUCGACAGCGAGGAUCUCAGUCAUGAACGUGCAUUUACUAGCAAACCAACCGCAAGAAAAACGCAAAAAAAGCAAAAAACUAGUCCCGCUCCGUCAGACGCCACAAUGAUGCAAAAAGAACACACUGUUACCUCUUUCAAUCAGCCGGGAUAUCAUGAAUCUGUGGAGUCACCCGCUCCGUCAAGUGCUUCUGCUCUUGUGCCACACUUGAGCUAUUUGGUAUCGAGCUUGAAGGCCUAUUGGCCGUUUCGCAGCGAAAUAGUCACGAGUAAUAAUCACAAGGCCGUUACCACAUCAUUCGGAGAUGAACAUAAAGGAUCGGCGGCGACGAAGCACAGAAUGUCUAAUAGGAAGACCGACUUCGUGUAUCAAAAUCUCGAAGAUAACUUUGACAGUAUGUAUCGCAACACAGCCAUUCCCGAUGAGACCUUUGGCCCAGACGAAGAGCGGAUAUUCAUCGACGUCGAUCCCUACGACCUGAAUGAAUCUAUAUUCGGGCUACAAAACGGCGAUGAUGUCAAGUCGACCUCUCAUGUAAUGGAGAAAGUGGAUACCGAGGUUAAUACGAACUCUGAUAUUGAUUAUAUCGAGGAAUCGCUAAAAAAUGUGAAACGGCAAUGGCAAGAGUCGCGAAACGAGUACAAAGAUCAAUGGAGUACCACGCCCAAAAGUCACGUUCAGAGUAGAGUUAUGACCGAGUCCGUCACGUCUCCUCGAAACAGUGGAAUGAACGUGUAUUAUGUCGAAGAGUCGAGCACGAGAAAGGAAAUAUUCAAGGAGGGGAGUAGUCUUAUUGACGAUAGUGAGAAGUCCAUCAAUCACGACGCCUAUGGAAACUUGAGAACUAAAGAUUCAUCGAUCAUCACUUCGACAAUGAUGUCUAGAAGUCUCGAGGAUCAGUUAAAGAUACCAGAAUCAAACCAUCGUAGUUUAAACCGCGCAAAUAGGACAAUUGAAUAUAGUGAUGCAUUUGAAGAGGAGUUGGAUAAGCGAAAAAUCGAACCGUAUGUGGAAAAUCAUACGACAGCAGAUUAUACAAUCGUACGAUUUCCGGCUAUUAGUAGAGAUCUGGAAAAUAGAGCGAAAGAUGACGCGACGUUGAUAGAUGAUUGGAAGUCGCGGAUGUUGGAAGUUGUUGGGGAAGAUCCCGAUAAAGACGUAAAAAACUUAUCUCGCAAUCGAGAGGAUCAUGCUGAUUCUGUAGAGAAGACCUCUUUAGUUAAUCUAAAAGAGACCUUUAUAGAAAGACAACGUUCGGCCGAUGAAGAUAAGCCCGCGAACGUUUUGACCUCCACUAUAACGAAAGAAGACAAUACAACGAAGGAUCCUUUUGUGGAAUCACUCGCUGUAUUAGCUACGGACAAUGUUCUGGUGUUCGAAUGGAUCACGACCGACUGGUCGAAAUGUUCUCAAACUUGCGGAGGAAGCGGAUUCCAGAUGCGAGGUGCACAAUGUACAGUACGAUCAAAGAAAUUGGACGGCGACUCCAAGCCUUUUUCGCCGGCAACAGUUAUCGGUCAAAAGUUAUGCGAGGACGCCGGACAUCCCGUACCUCAGAAGGUGAGACCCUGCGGAAGAGGCAGGUGUCCUCAAUGGCAUGCCACCGAGUGGACCCCAUGCGAAAUGUCGAGAUGCUUCAAUUGGAAGACGGCGAUGCAGAAACGAGAUGUUAGCUGCCGCUUGGUGUACGAUACGGAAGAGGACAGUCAAAAGAAUUUCACAUUGGUAGAUCCGGGCAAGUGCGAUGAAACCACGAAGCCGUUACAAAGACAGGAAUGCUACAAUGACGCUUGUAAAGGUGUCUGGAGAGUCGGCGAAUGGACUGAGUGCACUGCGUCUUGCGAAGAAGAUGGUAUUAAAUAUAGGAUUCUACAAUGCGUAUGGUUUGGCACAAAAAAGCCGGCGGGAAACGCCUGUAGAGAUAUACCACGACCUCCUGUAAUGAAAACAUGCAGAGGUCCGCCUUGUCCUCAAUCUCCCGAAGAUUGCAAGGACCAUUCGCAAUUGUGCAGCAGAGUGAAAAUAAUGAACAUGUGCAAGGUGCCGCUAUACAAGAAACAGUGCUGCGCGUCGUGUCACUAAGAAUCUGAGAAAAAUUAAUCGUAAGUGACUCAUUGUGACAAAAUGAGCGAUAAUGAAACAGUGCGCGUGAGACAGAGAAUGCAAAUCGUGAUUAGUCGGACAAUUACCUGACAUAUGUAAACGCACCCGGGAUGCCUGUUAGUAAAAUUAUGUAAUGCACAUGAAAGGAGCGCGCGAAUUACUGUGAAAUAAUAUAUUGCACGGUUAUUGCGAUGUCCGAUUUAUAUAGAUAAAAAAUAUUCAACAAAGAAGUUGACCAAAACUACUUCGCUGUAAUAGUUUCCUCGUCGUAUCGUCGCGAGAACUCAUUCACCUCCUUGCCUCGAAUGUUCCUCAUGUAAUAAAGAAAAACCCGCCAAUCUUAACACAAUUUCUAACUAAUUAAAUCAUAAUUUUCUAAGGUAUAUCACACAUAGUUUGGAGCGAUUCCUUAUAAUUGCACACUUAUAUUGCCCCUGGUUAAAAAAAAGAAAAUGAAAAUCUAGUAUUCGUCCAAGAAAGAUGAGAACGUUAUAUUGUUAUAGUUUGAUGAGAAAAAGAGAACACUAGAAACUUAUUUGCUAUGUGGAAAGAACGUUAUUACGAUAUACCAUUGAAAAUAACACGUUAUUAAAUGUUAUCAAUGUUGUUGCUUUAAAUCGGACGGAAAAUGGCUUUAAGCAGAAUUAUAUUUAAAUUGUAAUAAAACGCUAAGAAUCUGAAAAGUUGGAAAGUCACAAUUUAUUUAUAUCGCAAGACAUUAGAAACAUUCCUUCUUGUGAUUUAUCUUUUACAUAUCUUUUCUACGAUAAACAUAUUGAUUUCAUUGAUUUCAUUUAUUUCUAAAGCAAAGAAAAAUUAUCUUUAAGACUAAAACGUUUGUCUCUUUGCAUAUCAUUAUUUUUGGGCAUUAAUAUAAGAAUCUCGUUAUAUGUUCCAAAGAAAAUCAUUUUACAUUACAUAUUAUAAAUUAAUAGGAAUAUAUAUUUCCGCUUUGUCUUUAUAAACACAUAUAUUCAAUAUCAAUAUAUUAUCUUUCUUUAUGUUUGUAGAUUCCGUUAUAAAUUAUUGUGGACGUAAGAUAUAAAGUUAUUUAAAAAUAUAAGUUAUGAAUGAAUUAUAUUAUGCGCCUAUAUAAAUGUCCCGUCGGGCGAUCUCUUAAGCCAAUAGAUCCUAAGAGCAAUAAAAAAUAUAUAAGUAUUGUAAUAUAAUAUUUUGUUAAUAAUCUCUGGCGAAAAUUCGUGAACAUGACUGUUCCGUUGUUGGUUAAAGGACCCGACUUUAAUUAUGUGUCUCUAAUCACUUCAAUCUAGACGUUAUCACGUGUAAUUAUGAAUAUUUAUUUAUCGCGCAUUUAUAUUUAUAGAACUCAUCGAUAAAAUUUAUAACUCGAUAUUUUGAAUAAGAGUGAAAUAAGAAUUAAAUGUCUAUAUAUUAAUAUGAUUUGAUAAGAUUGUGAACAGAUUUUCGCUAUCAACGAAUUUGCCUCGACACAACUAAGCAGUUUGCCAAAACGAGCUGACGUAAAUAAAAUAAAUUAAAAUAAAUUAGAGUAAAAUAUAUAAAUUAAAAUCAAGAGAGAUAAAAGGUAUAUUAUGAGCUACACAUAUAAAUUACCGAAAUGCAAGCAUAUGUGAAUACGACUUUAUAUAUGUUAGUAUAUAAAUGAAACUAAAAUAUACAGUGAAUAACUUUGAGUACACUGGAUGCAACAAAAGCCGAAAUAUUUCUCUUAAUAACGCAUUCCUUAUAUAAUUGAGAGAUAAUACACGACUUUUAAUACAUCCUCUAUAAACGAUUACAGCUGGCAAUAUAUGUAAACUAUCAUCAACUUGCCAUAUCGUGUAUAUCACUGUCAUGUUUUAGUAAGCAUUUAAAUAAUAUUUAUCUUAUGGCAUAUAAUCCCAUUAUUAUUACUGAUUGAUAUAAUAUAUCACUAAAAAAGAUAACUUAUUUUCCAGUUAAUUAACAUAAUGUCACGAUAACUCUUAAAAGGACAAUGAGUUCUGACAUACAUUUUUGUAUAUAUCACGAUGUAGGUAUGUAAAAUGGCUCCACACUUAGUAUCGUACCUAAGCAUUACUGUUCAUGAUAUCUAUGUAAAUAUGUAACUGCCUAAAUGCGAAUAAAAUAAGAGAAUAUAUCACU